GUGCCAGGGCUCGGUGGACACGGCUGCGCUCGCUGCUCGCCUCGGCUCUCCGCCGCCUCGGCCGGAGGAAGCGGCCGUGAACAGUCUUUCCGCGCGAGCUGCUCCGGCUCGGCCCGUGGGGGAGCCCCCGGGAGCCGCACGUGUCCUGGGUCAUGAAACUUAAUCCACAGCAAGCUCCAUUAUAUGGUGACUGUGUUGUUACGGUACUGCUUGCUGAAGAGGAUAAAGUUGAAGAAGAUGUUGUUUUUUACUUAGUGUUUUCAGGUUCCACUCUUCAUCACUGCACAAGCACUCGAAAAGUCAGUUCUGAUACAUUAGAGACCAUUGCUCCUGGACAUGACUGCUGUGAGACCGUGAAGGUGCUGCUCUGUGCUUCUAAAGAGGGCCUGCCUGUGUGUGUGGUGGCUGAAGAAGACUUCCAUUUUGUCCAGGAUGAGGCAUAUGAUGCAGCUCAGUUCCUGGCCACCAGUGCUGGAAAUCAGCAGGCUCUGAACUUCACUCGUUUUCUGGACCGAUCAGGACCCCCUUCCCGGGACGUGAACUCUCUUGAUGAGAAGGUGGCACUAGCAUUCAGACACCUGAAACUGCCAGCCGAGUGGAAUGUGCUGGGGACAGAGCAGACUUUGCAUGAUGGUGGCCCUCGGGAAACAUUGAUGCAUUUUGCUGUGAGGCUGGGACUGCUGCGGUUGACAUGGUUCCUGUUGCAGAAGCCAGGUGGCCGAGGAGCUCUCAGCAUCCACAACCAGGAAGGAGCAACGCCUGUGAGUCUGGCUUUGGAACGAGGUUAUCACAAGCUACACCAGCUUCUAACUGAGGAGAAUGCUGGAGAGCCUGACUCCUGGAGCAGUUUAUCCUAUGAAAUUCCUUGUGGAGACUAUUCCGUGAGGCAUCAUCGUGAACUGGACAUCUAUACAUUAACCUCUGAGUCUGAAUCACAUCAUGAACACCCAUUUGAUGGAGACAGUUGUACUGGACAUAUUUUUAAACUUAUGAAUAUCCAACAGCAACUAAUGAAAACAAACAUCCAGGAGAUGGACAGUCUUAUGCCCUUAAUGGUGACAACACAAGACUCUUCUGGUCUGCCCAGUGCCCCAGAAACAGAUGGCCCAUUGUUUCCCUGUGCCUCAGAACACACAGACCAUCAGCAUCUUGCUUCUUCUGAAGUGACUAAGAGUGCUCCAUGCUGCCAAAGGAGCCCUGUGGGGCAGAUUGAAAGUUGCUGUCAUUUGUCAAGUGUGGUUGAGGAAGAAAAUCCACACUCUGCUCAUAGGAGGAACAAAGGCAUGGAAACAAAAGAGCAAGAGGCAGAAUCGAUAUGUGUUGUGGAUGUUGUGGACUCUGGGUCUGCUUGUGAUCAAGACAGCUGCCUUCAAAGCAUACUUGACUGUGGAAUAAAGGGUGCUGAAGUUCUGCCGUCCUGUGGAAACAGAAAUGAAGAAACUCGAGCAAAAUCAAGAGUGGCCCCCAAUGAGGAUUCUGGGAGCCACAGAGGCAGUGUACUGCAGGGCGACUUAGUCACAGAGCUAGGUAUAUCCCAACAUUCCUCUGGAAGGGAAUUGGCAAACAGUUCAACAGUUGCUGGUGUCCAAGAAAGUUCAGGUGACAUGGAACAGUGUCUGAUGAACCUUGCUGCCACUUCCCAGAUUAGUGAGCUUCAAGCAGGAAAAAGUACAAAGGAAAGAUGUAAGAAUUCUAGCAUUAGCACAGCUGGAAGCUCUGAUGUUGAAAUCAUAAGUGAACUUGUGGUUAAGUCCAGGCUUCCAAACUCUGUCUGUGCCACCAGCACCCUCAGUGAUAACAGGCCUGCUGCUGAGUCUUCACUUGAAUUGAGCCCUGGAGAAAUCCCCUCUGAGAAAACAGGAAUGGGCAUUUUGAAGAGAAGCUGUGAGAUGAGAGAUGAUGGCCCAGUUGUUCAGGAUUCUUUGGCAUCUCCAACUGCAGCAAGAAGACUUUCAGAUGGAUCAGGCCCAUAUGAGAUCACAUCACCCUUGGAUUUUACCUAUUCUGGGCUCAAAGAAGAUGUGAUGCCAAACCAGAAAACAGCAUCAAAUUUAUCACUUGUUCAAAGCCAAAAUAGCCAGUCAUUACUUGGUUCUAUAGCUGGGGCUGGUAAACUUUGUCCUGAGUCUGCAUGUCAACAGAACACAGUGACUUCUACUAGUGAGGUGGUUGUAAAACACUGUAGUGACAGCCAGCCUGAAAACCUAACAGGGCAGCCAAAUAUGCAAGACCUGUGCACUGCCCUCUGCCCGGAAGACCCAUGUGCUGACACCAUCACUUCUGGACCUGUGAGAGAAAGCCAGGAAUGUGUGGAGUUUUGUUCUCUCAGUGUUUUGGAUAAAAAGGAAGAAGAAAAAAAUUUGAAACAAGAUACACUGUUCCUAAAUGUGCUUGAGGUUGUUUCACAUCUGCCUCCAGUAGUCCCUCAAACUGAGAAAGAACUGGUGCCAUCAGACAGCACUUUCUCUCUGGCAAGCAGUCCUGGCAGUGAAUCAGUAACCAAAGAUGACGCACUUUCUCUUGUCCCCUCCCAGAAAGAAAAGGGAACAGUAACUCCUGAACAACAUAGAGUUAUAGUUAGUGGAGAUGUCCUAGCUGGAGGAGGUUCGAAUGGUCUUGAUAAACAACUUCUGGAAGUCCAAGAAGCAGGCCUGUUCACACCCUUGCCUACUGGAGCGCUUCAGUCCAUCAUGGGGAACACUAAUCCUAUAGGCCUUAGUGGAGAGCAAGAGGAUCCAGGCUGCAUAGCAACACUUGAAGUUCUGACAGACGCUCCUUUUCCAAGUGUGGAUAAAGCUGCUUUGGUCUCUGACUCAGUUCUGCCCGAGGAAGGAAAACUUCUGGUGAUUUCAGAAAGCUCUGUAGUUCAAGGAGAAGAUGACAAGGAUAAAGCCGUGACAUGUUUCUCCAUUAAGGAAGACACACUUUGUUUGGGAACAUCACAGGAAGAGCAGAGAAUACCACCUCCUGGGCAAGAGACACCUGGAUUCUAUGAAAAUCCUGUCUCAACGGUCUGUGCUGAGGAUAAAGCACUGCCACACAGUAACUCAUUGGGCACACCCUCUGCCUGUCUGAAGACAGAACCCAAGCAUAACAAGGAAGUGGCCACACAGGUCUCACUACUGACUGAAGGUGGGGCCCCACGGAGCCCUAUGCUACCAGGAGCAAGUCUGGCUGCAGACUCAAGGCAAGAAGCCUUAGGUACAGAGCCAAAUAGCUCAUCCCCAUUGCCAAGUGUUCUGUCAAGUGCGUCUGACACUGUGUGUGUUGGAGUAAAAAACACUCAGUUUCAAGGGAAAAAUAGUAUUUGUGAGGUAAACAGAAAUGUGGUGGUGGAUGUUGUAGCAGUUAAUGCUUUAGAAGCUGCUGAACCUGGAAAGAAAGGAACGCCACAUCAUACCAAAGACACCCCAAUUUCGGAAGUUUUGUUGAACGGGGAGAAGACUAUGACUGUGUGUGCACCAGGAGAUUCACCAGACAAAUGUGUGACUGGCGUACAGGGAACUUCAGCUUUGGAGAUGGUACCUCUUGAUUGCAAGAAAGGGAAGCAUGAGGGAGCAAAUUUCAGCUGUGGAUGUAACUCCGCAGAGGAUGAUGAAGUACUGCAACCUCUUGCCCAGGAGUUCUCCACAGAGACUGGGCACCCAGCUCUCCCUGACAGGGCCUUCCCGGCAGGUAUGCGACAAGUCACACAGGCCUCAGCCCAGGGAAAUGAAAGUAGUGCCAGCUCUCUACCUUGCAUGGUCUCAGCCCAGGCCGUGCAGGUGCCUAAGGGAGCAGACCCCAUAGAAGAGACUGCCACUCGUAUAGUGAAAGCUGUCAUUGAGCAAAUCAAGGCCUCCGGAGUGCUGAUAGCUGAGGGGGAAAUCAGUUACGUAUCACUGUCUAGUCCUGAAUCAGGCUGUCAGGCUGAACAACUUGAGAAUGCUUCUUCAGAGGGUGUGAGUGCUUUUGCCCUAGGGGAGAGCCUGCGAAAGUAUAGUACUCAUGAAGAAGCCGCCAGGAACCAUACAGGAUGUCUUGUUACAAGGGAGGAACCAGAGAAGAUUAUUCUUCCAGUUCACAGGUCUGAACGGGCAACAGAAAUGCCAGACACUAAAGUGCCUUGUGAAGAGGUGGGUGUAGGAAAUGGAGAGAUUACACCCAAGAUGAAGCAAGGCCCACUGACACAGGAGAUUAAUCGAGAAAGUUGGUGUGCCAUAGAGCCGUGCCCUGAUGCGUCAUCUCUUUUGCCUUCCAAGAAGAGCUCAGAAUGUGAGAACAUCUUGGAUGUUGGGUUGGGUUCAGACUGUGCCUCAAAACAAGGUGUGCUUCAGAGAGAAUCUGGGAGUGAUUCUGACCUCUUCCAUUCACCCGGUGAUGAGAUGGACAGCAUCAUCCUCUCAAAGCCCAAGGAUGAACAGUUGGUCUGUGAUACCACAGGAUCCAGUUCUUCUACUGAUGACACAACUUCCUUAGAUCAGCAGUCUUCUCAUGGCAGUGAUCUGUCACUCCCUCACAUUUCAAAGUUAAAUAGGCCCAGAGAUCAUCAAAACUCAGAUGGCUUCUACAGUCACAGGCCAGGAACUGAUGAGAGUCGAGAGAGUGAGAGUGAGCCUGCUGGCUUAGGUGAAAUGGAAGAAGAAGAAAUGGACAGUAUCACCGAAGUGCCUCCAAAUUGCUCUGUUCUGAGGGCCUCCAUGCGUUCCCUGUCCCCAUUCCGUAGGCACAGUUGGGGACCUGGGAAGAAUGCAGCCAGUGAUGCAGAAAUGAACCAGCGCAGUUCAAUGCGUGUUCUUGGGGAUGUUGUCAGGAGACCUCCCAUUCAUAGGAGAAGUAUGAGCUGGUGUCCCUCUGGUGUGCAAUACUCGGCUGACUUGAAUGCUGACUUUAAUUACAGAAGUUUCAGUCUGGAAGGCUUGACAGGAGAAGCUGCUGCUGUAAUCAAGCCAUGUUCAUCUCUACAAGUAAGCUCUGCAAACUCCAAAGAACUCAGACACCCUUUCAGUGAGGAACGGGGAGACUCUUUGGGGUCACUUUCAGAAGAACAUCUGGAGUCAGACCGGAGAGAACAUAGGAUGUUUGAUCAGCAGACAUGUCAUAGAUCUAAGCAGCAGGGAUUUAAUUACUGUACAUCAGCCAUUUCUUCUCCAUUGACAAAGUCCAUCUCAUUAAUGACAAUCAGCCAUCCUGGACUGGACAAUUCACGACCCUUCCAUAAUACCAGUGGUAAUCUGACUGAGAGUAUAACAGAAGAAAACUAUAGUUUCCUGCCUCAGAGCCCCUCCAAGAAAGAUUUUGAAGGGAAGAGUGGAACAAAAGUUAGUCGCACAUUCAGCUACAUCAGAAAUAAAAUGUCUAGCAGCAAGAAGAGCAAAGAAAAGGAAAAGGAAAAAGAUAAAAUUAAGGAGAAAGAAAAAGAUUCUAAAGAGAAGGAGAAAGAUAAGAAGACUUUUAAUGGACAUGCUUUCAGUUCCAUUCCUGUGGUGGGUCCCAUCAAUUGUAGCCAGUGUAUGAAGCCUUUCACCAACAAAGACGCCUACACUUGUGCAAAUUGCAGUACUUUUGUCCACAAAGGCUGCAGAGAAAGUCUGGCCUCCUGUGCAAAGGUCAAAAUGAAGCAACCCAGAGGGGGCCUUCAGGCACAUGACACUUCAUCACUGCCCACAGUCAUCAUGAGAAAUAAGUCCUCACAACCCAAGGAACGCCCCAGGUCUGCAAUCCUUCUGGCUGAUGAGGUCACUGCUGCCCCAAUGUUUUCUAAUAGACGAUCUCAGCAGAGUGUCUCCCUCUCCAAAAGUGUCUCCAUACAGAACAUUACUGGAGUUGGCAAUGAUGAAAACAUGUCAAACACCUGGAAAUUCCUUUCUCAUUCAACGGACUCACUAAAUAAAAUCUGCAAGGUCAAUGAGUCAACAGAAUCCCUUACUGAUGAGGGAGUAGGUACAGACAUGAAUGAAGGACAGCUAAUGGGAGAUUUUGAGACUGAUUCCAAACAGCUGGAAGCAGAGUCAUGGAGUCGAAUAGUAGACAGCAAGUUCCUAAAACAGCAGAGGAAAGACGUGGUCAAACGUCAGGAAGUGAUUUAUGAGUUGAUGCAAACUGAGUUACAUCACAUCCGCACGCUCAAGAUCAUGAGUGAUGUGUACAGCCGAGGGAUGAUGACGGAAUUGCUCUUUGAGCAGCAAAUGGUAGAAAAGUUGUUUCCUUGUUUGGAUGAGCUGAUCACUAUCCACAGCCAGUUCUUCCAGAGGAUCCUGGAGAGGAAGAAGGAGUCUCUGGUGGAUAAAAGUGAAAAGAACUUCCUCAUCAAGAGGAUAGGGGAUGUCCUUGUAACUCAGUUUUCAAAUGAGAAUGCAGAACGCUUAAAGAAGACAUACGGCAAGUUUUGUGGGCAGCACAACCAGUCUGUCAACUAUUUCAAAGACCUUUAUACAAAGGAUAAGCGCUUCCAGGCCUUUGUAAAGAAGAAGAUGAGCAGUUCAGUAGUAAGGAGGCUUGGGAUCCCAGAGUGCAUAUUACUUGUAACCCAGCGGAUCACCAAGUAUCCAGUUUUAUUCCAAAGGAUAUUGCAGUGUACCAAAGAUAAUGAAGUGGAGCAAGAAGACCUAACUCAGUCCUUGAGCUUGGUGAAGGAUGUGAUUGGAGCCGUAGACAGCAAAGUGGCAAGUUAUGAGAAGAAAGUACGUCUCAGUGAGAUUUACACAAAGACUGAUAGCAAGUCGAUCAUGAGGAUGAAGAGUGGACAGAUGUUUGCAAAGGAGGAUUUGAAACGGAAGAAGCUGGUACGGGAUGGGAGUGUGUUUCUGAAAAGCACAACAGGAAGGUUGAAAGAGGUUCAAGCAGUUCUGCUCACUGACAUUUUAGUUUUCCUUCAAGAAAAAGACCAGAAAUAUGUCUUUGCAUCAUUGGAUCAUAAAUCAACAGUGAUCUCUUUAAAGAAGUUGAUUGUAAGAGAAGUAGCUCAUGAGGAGAAAGGUCUGUUUCUCAUCAGCAUGGGGGUAAAAGAUCCAGAGAUGGUGGAAGUCCAUGCCAGCUCCAAAGAGGAGCGUAACAGCUGGAUUCAGAGUAUCCAGGAUACAAUCAACACCCUGAACAGAGAUGAGGAUGAAGGAAUUCCUAGUGAGAAUGAAGAAGAAAAGAAACUGUUUGACAUGAAAGCCCGGGAGUUAAAAGAGCAGCUUCAACAGAAGGACCAGCAGAUUCUCCUCUUAUUGGAAGAGAAGGAGAUGAUUUUCAGGGACAUGACUGAGUGUAACACUCCCUUGCCCGAGGAUUGCUCUCCAACUCAGAGUCCCAGAGCCCUCUUUCGCUCCAACACAGAGGAGGCUGUCAAAGGAGGACCCUUAAUGAAAAGUGCAAUAAAUGAGGUGGAGAUCCUUCAGGGUUUGGUAAGUGGAAGCCUAGGAGGUACAGGUGGGCAGGCCAUUAGUGGCUCUGUUGAGCAAGAAGUUGGGGCCAACCCUGUUUCCUUGCCCCGGAGAGCAGAGACCUUUGGAGGAUUUGACAGCCACCAGAUGAAUGCUUCCAAAGGAGGUGAGAAAGAAGAAGGAGAUGAUGGCCAAGAUCUUAGGAGAACAGAGUCAGAUAGUGGUCUGAAAAAGGGUGGAAAUGCUAACCUCGUAUUUAUGCUUAAAAGAAACAGUGAGCAGGUUGUCCAGAGCAUUGUUCAUCUUCAUGAACUGCUUAGCGCUCUUCAGGGCGUGGUGCUGCAGCAAGACAGCUACAUUGAGGACCAGAAGCUAGUGCUGACUGAGAAGGUACUCACAAGGAGCACGUCCCGCCCCAGCUCCCUCAUUGAGCAGGAAAAGCAGCGCAGUUUGGAGAAGCAGCGCCAGGACCUGGCCAACCUACAGAAGCAGCAGGCUCAGCACCUAGAGGAGAAGCGCCGCCGCGAGCGCGAGUGGGAGGCUCGGGAGCGGGAUCUGCGAGAGCGGGAGGCACGCGUGGCUGAACGCGAGGAGAUGGUGCGCCGUGGGCAGCAAGACCUGGAGAGGGAUCGCGAGGAGCUCCAGCAGAGGAAGGGCAGCUACCAGUGUGACUUGGAGAGGCUGCGGACUGCCCAGAAACAGCUGGAGAGAGAACAGGAGCUGCUGCGGCGGGACGCAGAGAGGCUCAGCCAGAGGCAGAUGGAUCGGGACCUCUGCCAGGUUUCACGUCAGCAUACCAAGCUAAUGCGGAUCCCAUCCUUCUAUCCCAACCCGGAGGAGUCCUCAUCAUCAUCUGUACCUUCCAUAACCAAAUCAGGGUCACUGGACUCGGAACUUUCAGUGUCUCCUAAAAGAAACAGCAUCUCUCGGACACAUAAAGAUAAGGGACCUUUUCACAUGCUGAGUUCAACCAGCCAGACAAGCAGGGGACCAGAGGGGCAGAGCCAAGCCCCAUCAAGCACCUCUACCCGCCUGUUUGGGUUAGCCAAACCAAAGGAAAAGAAGGAGAAGAAAAAGAAGAGCAAAGGAAGCCGUUCUCAGCCUGGUGAUGGUCCUGUGUCUGAAAUAUCAGCAGAAGGUGAAGAGAUCUUCUGUUGACCACUUUCUUUGCCAAAGCGGCUGCCUCCUGACCCUGGCCAUGGCCAUGGUGCCUCGUACCAUGCUCCUGCUGCCCCUCACGCACAAGUCUCUUACACUGGACGUCCACUGACCCUUAGCGUCCAGUCCUCCUGGGCCGCCCCAAGUCCCGCACAAGAUCAUCACCUGUGUGUCAGGGUGGGGAAGGAUGCCCAGACUCCACUUUAGCUGUGAUCUGUGACUGUCCAAGACUCAGGUGUGGGGCUUGCCCUACUCAGGGUGUUAUACUGAAAAUAAUGGCCCCAGAAGUAGGUGGUGGUUCGGAACAUGUCAAGAAUCCCUAAAGGCUCAUGAGGUCUGAAUUUCAGCCUUUUAUUUUGGGGAACACACCCAGAAUCAAAGAGCAGGGAGUGUGACUUCGUCUGUGUACAGUGGCCAUUUGCACAUACACACAGGGUAUAGCAGAAUGUACACAGUCUCUUGUAAACAUCAGGGUAGUUUAGCCAGGAUAGAGCAUCUGACUGGCCAGGUGGUGUGCAGAUAUUCAGUAUUUCACCAUGUAUCCCUCUUAAGAUUGGAUCCCUUUAAACCACCUCUGCACACAUCACCCCUCUUUGCAUGUAUUUUUCAUUUCAUUUUAGAAGGGAAGACAAGAGUUUGAAACCAGUGAGAUGAGGCUUGGUAUAUAAGAAAAGCACAUGGUCUACACUGCCUGCAUGUCCACUUAACAGGAUGAACUUUAAAUAGAGUAUCUCAUUUCAUCUACAAAUCUAGACACACUGCCUGUCCCAGAUGCUUGCCUAUAGGUUCUAGGCACAGAGGAAGUAGAGAGGCCUCCUCACCACUGUCCCUGAAGUAUGACACUUUUUGGUUGUCACUGGCCCAGAAGGCCAGCCCAGCAGCUCCCCCAGGGCAGCUGUCAUUGCCUGGGCCUCCCUGUGGGAGGUUGUGUUCCCAGUUUGGCUCACAUAGCUACCUGCCAGGCCCAUACUGUACCCUAAGGCCUUUGUGGUUGGAAUUCCCUGCAAGGGAAUGACUGGCUAAGAAGUAGGUUCAGAUAAAGGCAUUAAUUAAAGUCCAUGUGUUCUGAUAGUUUUGCCUGUGCAGAACUAGGAGAGUCACUGGCCCUUCAGUAUGGCAAGGCAAACUAUAUAUUGUGUCAGAAGGCCUCAUGAAAGACGGUUUUUCAGAUACAAAGUUCUUUUUGGUUAUUAAUUGUGCUCUUACCCCUGGAGAAUGUCACAGUUGCUGCCGAUUUCUCUCUCGUCUCUUUCCUUUUCCACUGUGUUUUGAUUCUGUGUUUGCUUGAGGCUUUCACCAGCUGGUAUUCACAGGGCAAUUUAUUGAUAAUGUUCCCCUGAGACUCUCAUGUCUGCCUUGUGGGGCUCCCCACAAGGGAGACCUCAUGCAGCCUGUACUUCACAUGCGGCCUUUAUUCCUGGCUUUGCCCCUCAGAAGCAUGAGGCUCUGAACAUAAUUAUGAGAAAAACAAACCUGCAACUUGGUGCUUGUUGAUGAAUGCAAGCUGGCCUUGCACAUGAAGAUAUUUAUCUUUCAGUUUAUUUGAAAGAGGUCUGGUUUAAAAUUUUUAGUCUAAAAUUUAUUUAUUGUGUGUGUGAGUGUGUGUGUGUGUGUGUGUGUGUGUGUGUGUUUUCCUUUGAGGGUGAGCCCGUGCCAGCCCAGCAGCUUAGACUGUCCUUUCAAUUCAGGUAGUAGUAGCAGCCCAGGGCCUGAGGGUCCUGAGGAAAGCAAGGUUGGAACAGAGGCCCACGUUUGUUCCUCUCCCUCCCCAACUCAUCCUUUCAUCAGAGAAUGUGGUCUAUCUUGUUUGGGAAUUUAAAAAACUUGCCACCCAUCAGCUGAAGGCCUGUUUGAGUCAUAGAAACUUCAGCAAAAGACUUUUAAAACCGAAACCAGCUGAUACUUUUUUUUAUAUUGAAACCAUGAUGUACCUCCCAAGAGACCCUUAACAGCAAAAAGUUAAGUUGCUUCCUUCUGCCAGUCCACACAGUUCUGUCACAUUAGAAAUACGUCCUGAUCUUCCCCAGGUCUACCCAGGCUUUGGCUGUUGUCUGUCAGUGCUGGAAGGGGAGGCAGGGUCUGACUCCCAGCUGGCAGUGAUCCACCCAAACCUGCAUUCCCUGUGUAGUGAAGGCCAGUGACCCUGCCCCAGGCUACUUCACAAAAGCUCUGUGGACACCAUGACUACUGUACUUCCCCACAUGACUAUUUGCCUGACUUCCAAGUGUCCUUCACUCUCAACCAGCUAUAGGUUUUUUUUUUGUUGUUGUUGUUUUUUAUUUUUUUAGCUUGGUUUGGCUGUUUUAAAGGGAUCUCAACUCUUUCCAUACUCAUUAACUUAAACCCAUGUGGUCAAUUCCAGUUGGGCAUCAAGGUGGUAAUCCUCUGCAUUCCCCUAAGCCACCCAACUUCCUCCAGGAAAAGUCAGUGGUACAAAAAGAACCACUUGCAAAGAGCUAAUUCGCCCUUCCACAUCAUCUGCCCCCACAGUGCUCUGUGCUUGGGGAAGUGCAUGAAUGGGGUUGUUGCUGCUCAUGCUUUUGCAUAUGGCCCUGAAGAUUGCUGUAGCUCUGAAUCUAGACUGGUGGGUUUCUCUCCUGUGAUAAAGGUUAUUUCCCAUACUGCUCCCCACACUAGGAAGCCAUCUAUCUCCAUCAAGCUAAACAGCAUCUGGCCUUGCACUUGAGAUUUGGCAGUCAGGUGGGAAUCCCCCUGACUUGCAGAAUCUAGUGAACCUCCUGGAAGGAGACUGCAUCUCCUCUCAACAAUGAUCAUCUCAGUAAUUGUCAUCCCAUCUGGGUGACAUGUGCACUUUAAAUGCUCUCUCAUCAGUUGGCUUCAUUUUUGAGACAAUCAACUAUGUUAACUGCCCUUCUUAAAAAUUGGGAGGGUUAAAAACAUGCCAGUUGCCACAUUCAGUCUUUGCCAACAUUCCUUGUACCCCAUAAGAGCAAUCUAUGGGGAAGAACUACUCCCCAAGAUACUUUGGAAAGGUACGAACUAAAUCUUCUUUCCUCUUCUGUCUCAGGGUUAUACCACUAAAAGCUUCCCUUGGCUAACCUCUACCUUAACCCCAUUCAUUUUCUUUCCUGGCUUCAGUAUUAGUGUGCACAGAAUAGUGAACCCUUGGUGUUUGGUUGGUUUUUUUUUUUUUUUAACUGGGGGUGUGGGUGCUAGUGUGCAGAGGCUUGUGUAAAGGACAGAACCAUGGGCCAUAGGGCAGAGCUUGACCCAGAAGUGACUCUUCAUGGGAAUAUCUGACAUUUCUUCUUUUCAGCUCUGAAGUCCCUGUUUAUAAGUUCUUUCUUCCCAAGGGUUUGGUAUUUUCCUUGGAGCUGAAGUUGACUCUGAGGAUGGUGGCCAUUUGUGUCCAGAGUGCAGUCCUGAAGAGCAGGUUGCCAUAGCCAGAUAGAGAGGGUGACUACUUAAGAAGGGCAUCCACUCCCCAUGCCUGGGUGCUUCAGAACACAGAAGCCUUUGCUGAAGCAGUGGCCCUGCCACUAUCCUGAGAGAUGGGGCACAGUGUACUUGGACUUGGCUCCUCACUUUCAUUCAGUAGUAUAACAUUCCUAGUUAGCCAGGGCUUUGAAGUCAGCUGCCUGCUGGCCAGGUUUGAAAUUAAAAGUAUUUUAAUAUGCUGCCAGAAAAGGAAAGGAAAGGAAAAAAAAGGAGGAGAGGUUGGAGAGACGGCUCAGCAUUGAAGGCACUUGCCUGUGAAGCCUAAUGACCCAGAUUCAGUU